AUGGAGUGUAAAAAUAUAAGUUCCAAAAUAAUUCUAUUGUCAAUAAUUGUGGCCGUUUUGUGUAUUGUUCAGCCGACACUCGGUAUCGAUAUACCAGAAAAAAAUCGUUCAAAAAUAAAAGUGAAUAAGUGUUGUUCAUUAAACGAACAUGUAGGAAAUGGUAAGGCGUGUCAAUUAAGUGAAGAAACGCAUAGUUUCUUUGAUAUGCCAGUAUAUAUUAACGAGAAUCUUAAGAAGUCAAGGAAGCCGUUUAAAGAAUUGUUUGAACUGGCUCCUAAUAGAUUUAUAAUGACAAAUUUUCGAAUUGGCGCUUUUAGACCCUUUCUGUUUGGGUACAAGGGAUAUCUGCGUGUGGACGGAACACUUCUAGUAGAUGCACCCAACAGACACAACCGCUGGAUAAAAAUACGUCCAGCCAACUACUGUGUAGACUUCUUUCAUAAAACAAAUGCUACCGAGCUCACACCGGAUUUUUGGGUGCUGUUUCCUGCCAAAACAAAAUCAGAAACCAACAAAUUAUUGACUAUAGCGACACUGAUAUCCUGCUUCUUUAUGCUACUGUUCCUCAUAGUCUACUUCUUCCUACCUGAACUCCGAGAUGAGAAAGGUUACAUUCAAAUGGCGUAUGUUGCCAGUCAGCUAAUGGCGUUCCUGCUCCUAUCUAUGAUACAAAUUUCUGGAUUAUCUGUGGCAGAAUGUGUUGGAUUAACUCUGGGCACCUACUUCUUCUUCUUGGCAACUUUCUGUUGGAUAAAUGUACUGUCUUUCGAUAUCUGGUGGCAUUUCAGAAACCUCGCAAAGAACCGCCAGUCUCGUCGGAGGAAAUCAUUUAAGUUUACAUUUUACUGCUUAUAUGCUUUGGGGCUACCACUUCUGAUGACGUUCGCACUGGGUAUGCUUAACUGGUACAGGGAGAGUAUGAAACGGUAUCCACGGAUCGUAAUACCACAUAUACCUGAAGACGGUUGCUUUCUCCGAGAUUCAGUAAAAAUGCUCUACCUAUACACACCUAUGAUGAUAAUAAUCAUUAUCAAUUGGACAUUCUACAUGAUAACUGUGUUCAACAUUUGGCGUUGGAAAAGAGGCACUCAAGUGUUUAAUGGAGUCAAUGAACUUAGUCAUCGUACUGAUUUUAGAAGUUUCAUUAUCUACAUAAAGCUGUCAGUUGUGAUGGGUCUAAAUUGGUUCUUGGAGAUAAUAAGUUUCAAAUACCCUAACAAUAAGUGGUACUACAUUACUGACGUAUUCAAUAUACUAACGGGACUGACGAUAUUUAUCAUAUUUAUAUGCAAGAAGGAUGUCUGGAUUAAACUACGGAAAAGGUGCAAUGAAUUGAGAACACGGUACAAAAGGGGAGGAUCCUCGAACUCACAAGUUGUUAGACUUUCCAGACAACAAUCAGCUGAUUCUGCCUGUGAAGCUGUCAAUCUAAAACCAUAA